AUGAUUCAACAGUCCCUGGCCGUGGUCGUUGCGAUUACGACUGUUGCAGUCCUGGUUGCUGCAACUUUCGUGCAACGUUACCAGUUCAACAAGAAGUACAAGCUUCCUGUUAGGAUUCCAGGGAUACCUUUCUUUGGAAAUUCUUUCCAACUACCACCGUUGCAGCAAGGCCCUUGGGCCAAGAAAAUGGCCGAGAAGUAUGGAGAGAUCGCCACUUGGGUCUUCUUGAACUCGUCGCGCACCGUCAACGACCUUUUGGAACGCCGUGCGGCAAUUUACAGUUCGAGGCCUGAUUUUCCCAUGACGCAAGACAUCAUCUCGCGUGGCUCGCGAAUCGUGCUCAUGCCAUACAAUGACAGGUGGAGGAUGCUCAGAAAGAUUAUGCACAACGUCCUGAUGGCGCGUCAGCAAGACGUCUUCAUGCCGUUUCAAGACCUGGAAUCGAAGCAUCUACUGUGGAAUUACCUCGAGAAGCCGGACCGAUGGUGGUCGGCGAACGGCCGUUACGCGAACUCGGUCAUCAUGAGCGUCGUCUUUGGUCGCCGGUCCAUGCUAGAUGAUCCAGACGUUGUCGAGCUAUUUGAGACAAUAGAGCUCUUUUUGGAAAACCAGCAACCCGGAGUCAACAUUGUAGACGGCUUCAACUUUCUGAAGAACCUCCCUAAAGGGUUACAGUGGUGGCGCCCACGAGGAGAAGCAAUUUUCCACAAGACCUUCAAAGUCUACAAGCGCGAGCUGGAAAAGUGUCAAGCAAAACUCGAGGCCGGCACCCAGCGCGAGUGUUUUGCAACAGAUUUCUUCAAGAGCGAAGAAUACCAGAAGAUGGAUGAGACGCAAAGACUGUUUACUCUAGGUUCUCUCAUGGAAGCGGGUAGCGAUACGUCCCGUGUGACCAUUGGCCAGAUCAUCGCUGGGGCAGCAACGUAUCCUGACUGGGUAGCACGGGCUCGAGAACAUCUGGAUGCGCUCUGUGGCCGCAAUGCCGAGCGGCUGCCCCAAUUCAGCGACAAGCCCAACCUGAAGUACAUAUGCGCCGUCGUCAAGGAGGGCUUUCGAUGGAGACCAAACAUCGCGGAAAUCGGCGCGCCACACAUGCUGAUCAAAGACGACGAGUACGAGGGGUAUCGCUUUCCUGCUGGGACUGUCUUCACUUGGAAUGCCUGGUCAAUCGCGCUGGACCCGAAGGAAUACCCAGAGCCGGAGCGUUUCUGGCCCGAACGAUUCAUGAACGAUGAUGUAGAGAAUGCGCUGAAGGGGCAUUGGGCAUUUGGACCAGGCCGUAGAGUCUGUGCGGGCUGGAAAGUUGGAGAGAUGAAUGUAUGGAUUGCGAUUGCCCGUCUCCUGUACUGCUUUGAUUUCGAGCAUAUUCCAGGGCAAGAGAUAGACACGAUGACGAUACCACAGAUCACAAAGCAGAAGGCACCUUUUGCAGUGAAGGUGAAGGCGAGGAGCAAGGCGCAUGCGGAUCUCAUCCGUAGAGAGUGCGUAGAUGUUAUCAAUAUCGUCUACUAG